AUGUUGCUCCAGUUUUUGAAUGAGGAACUAUUGCCAGGGGAAUCAACACUGCCUAAUUCGUAUGACGAGGCCAAAAAAUUAAUCCGAGACCUUGGCCUAUCAUAUGAAAAAAUUGAUUCGUGUCCAUUCUCUUGCAUGCUGUUUUGGAAAAGCGAAGAAGGUCUUGAUACGUGUCAGAGAUGUGGUGCUUCUAGAUGGAAACUUGAUAAACAUGGAAAAGAGAUCAAGCGAAAGUCAAAUGGUAAAAAAAUACCACAAAAGACAUUGCGAUAUUUUCCUCUUAAGCCACGAUUGCAAAGGCUUUACAUGUCUUCGAAGACAGCUUCUGAUAUGAGAUGGCACCAUGAAAGACAAGUUGAGGACGGAGUGAUGAGGCAUCCAGCUGACUCUAAGGCUUGGAAAAACUUUAAUGAGCUACAUGAAAGCUUUGCCAAAGAGCCCCGAAAUGUUAGACUCGGUCUUGCAUGUGAUGGUUUCCAGCCUUUCACAAAUUCAAAAGUUUCUUAUAGCAUAUGGCCUGUUUUACUUGUACCAUAUAACUUACCACCAUGGAUGUGCAUGAAGCAAUCCAAUUUUAUUUUAUCUAUGCUCAUUCCUGGUCUAACUGGUCCUGGAGAUGCUAUUGACACCUACUUACAACCAUUGAUAGAAGAACUAAAGGAGUUGUGGGCCUCAGGCGUUCAAACAUAUGAUGUAUCUCUGAGACAGAAUUUCAUUUUACAUGCAGCACUAAUUUUGACUAUUAAUGAUUUUCCUGCUUAUACAAAUUUAUCUGGAUGGAGCACUAAGGGGAAAUUAGCAUGUCCUUGUUGUAAUAAGCACACUCACUCUAUCAGGUUAAAAUAUGGAGGCAAGCAGAGCUAUAUGGGGCAUCGUCGCUAUCUUGAUGAAAAUCACAUUUGGAGAAAGGAUAAGAAAUCAUUUGAUGGCACUAGGGAGAGAGGGUAUGCAGCGCCGAAGCUGACCGGAUAUGACAUCCUUAAGCAGCGCUUGAUUCCUGUAUCGAUUCGUGGCCUUCUUCCUGCAAAAGUGUGUGAACCAAUUAUUGAACUUUCCAUAUUCUUCACUAUAUUAUGUGCCAAGACAUUAAGGGUGGAUGAACUAAAGCAAAUUGAUGAGCAGAUUCCACUGACGUUAUGUAAGCUUGAGAAGAUUUUUCCACCUUCAAUUUUUAAUGUCAUGCUGCAUUUAGUAGUUCAUUUAGCAUCUGAAGCCAUACUUGGAGGGCCUGUUCGAUUUCGAUGGAUGUACCCAGUGGAGCGCUUCGAGACAAAGUUUAAUCGUCUUGAAAGAAAUUAUGAAGAUGACAAUAGAGAAUGUAAUGAAGCACAACUAUCUAUUUUCGGACAUAGUAGGCGGGCAUUGGGUGCUGCCACCACCCGCUACCUUGAUGAACGUGAGUGGUUGCAAGCUCAUAUUUAUAUUCUAAAGAACUGUGAUGAAGUGCAACCACACAUUGAGGACUACAAUGAAUUCGUGAGAGAACCCACAAAUCACUAUGAUGAUAAAGAUAGGGAUAAGAACUUUAUCGAGUGGUUCCAAGCUCUAGUUUAUCAGAGUUAUCGAGAAGAUGAUGACUUACUUUCAUUAUCUCGUGGUCCAAGUAAGAUUGUUAAAUGUUUUACUGGAUUUGUCAUAAAUGGACAUCGAUUUUAUACAGAAAGUCGAGAUAAUUGUUUGUCAACUCAAAAUAGUGGGGUUGCGGUUGUUGGUGAUGCUGGUGAUGGUGGAGAUAUAGAUUAUUAUGGUGCUUUGGUUGAAGUUGUCGAAUUAGAGUAUCCUGGUAGAAGAAAGGUUGUUCUAUUUUGUUGUAAAUGGUGGGAUGUGCACGGCAAAGGAAAAGGGACCGCUUUGAAAGAAGACAAAUAUGGAUUUAUCAAUUGGCAUGUAGUUCUUAAAGCACAACCCCGUGAUUCCUAUGAUAUGCCACCAGAUACAGAUGAUUGUGAGAUAACAGACAAUGGAGUUGAAGCUUAUUUGCAAGAUGAAUCAUUUGAUGCUCAGGCUAUUGCAUCAAUAUCAUUGGAAGAUGAUUAUAUCAAUUUGAGAAGGAGUGACAUUGAUCCAAUUAUUGUAAAUUCCGUCUCAACUUCAAAAAAGAGGAAAAAGACUCAAGCAGAGAAUUAG